AUGGCCCGACGACGUACAUCCAAGGCAGCCCAAUCUUCGCAAACACUUGUUACACCGGACACAAGCAGUAUUGAAGGGGAUAUACAACUAUGCACGGUCAAAGGGGAGAGCAAGGAACCAGCAGUGCGCAAAUUACAAUUUUCUGAUACGGGUAUAUCUGCUCACCCAACACCGACUACAGCCGAUAUCGUUCGUGGGAAUCGCAGUGAUGGUAUGUCUCUAACCUAUGUACCGCCGACUAUUAAAGAUAGAAUAAUAACAGUAACAAUUGAGGAGGAUGACCUUAAAAAUCAAAAGGAGCUGUGGGAAUCUGCAAUAAUUGGCUACGUAGUAGGGGAUACACCUUAUGCAAAUCGAAUGGAGGGAUAUGUAACUAGGGUUUGGAAUUUUGUAACUAAACCGAUGGUGUUAAUGCAUGAUGAGGGUUACUAUAUCUUCAAGUUCAAUUCGAUUCAGGACAAGGAUAAGGUGUUGAAGGCAGGGCCUUACUAUUUCAAUAACAAGCCUCUAAUUCUCAAAACAUGGGAACUUGACUUCAAUUUUGAGCAGGAGGCACUCAGUGUGAUUCCAAUUUGGGUGAAAUUUCUUGGGUUGCCAGCGGGGUACUGGUCACCUGAAGCUUUGAGUAAAAUUGCUAGUGUUGUUGGGAAACCACUCUACACCGAUGAAUUCACAGCUAAUGCUGAGAAAAUUUCAUAUGCCAGAAUUCUUAUGGAAGCUGAUGUAUCCCAGGACUUGCCUGAUUCUUUGAUUGUUGAAACCCCAUCAGGACCUUGGAAACAGGCUAUUACUUAUGAUUGGAAACCUAAAUUUUGUAAUGAGUGCAUUAUAUUUGGUCAUGAUGAAUUUGAAUGCUGGAAUUAUAGAGACUAUGAAGAGAUAAAGGUUGUUCAUGAGGAUGCUGGGCAGUUUCCUGAAAAGAAGAAGAGGAAACCUCAGAAAAGGAAGCACAUGAGACAGGAAUGGCUUGCUAAAACAACAUAUCAGAGUCAUGAGAGUGAUGAGGAAGGGACAACAACAGUGAGCAAUGAGUGUGCUGGAAGAAAUAUGCCACCACAAACUAGGAAUCCCUUGACUAAGCAUGGAGCACAUGGGAAUAACACUAAUACAGUGCCAUCACUGGUGCAAAUUCAGCAGAGGGUAGCUCAAAGACAGGGUAAUCAAGUUCAAAAUGAUACUCAUAUGGUUGAUAGGCAUACUGGGCAUACCAAUAUGGAGCAGCAGGGUGGGUCUAGAGGAGCUGGCACUACUACAGCUGUGUUUCAGCCUCCAUGA